GAGCCAGUCAUAGGUGCUCUGUGAGCCGGUCAUAUGAGCCGGUGUUCUGUGGGUAAGCGCCACAAAAUGCCACAAAUGAGUAGUAAGCAAGCAAGAGCGUGUAGACGCUAGCAAAUGCAUCGUUCUGUAUUUUGUGGUGCAGCCACAACCGUCCAGCUGCUGUAUGUCGGUGCGGAAGGAGACGGUUAUUGAAUGAUUGAACAGCCAGUUGUGCCAGAGUAGGGCUUGUGCGAAAGCGCUAUGGAAAGCGGUAGUGAACGGACGCUUACCGAUCUUCUUCCGGACGAUUUACGUCCUCUUGUCGUGGCCGAGGACUUCGCAUCCGACGAUGGCGUCUCUGAUGACGACGAGGAUGAAAACUGCGACUACGCGGAAGAUGCCUGUAACGCCACUUCACCGGACCAAUGCGGCCCUUCAGGCACUGCCGAAGAGGAGUCGCUUGUUGGAUCGAGCCUUGCUGAGAUGCCAACUGACCUGGAAAACUGCUUGGCCCUUAAUCGUGCCUACCGGGCAUUGCUGGAGAGUGCCAUCGGCGAGUUGGCAGAAAGGCUUGAGAAGAACAGGCAGCUGCAGAGGGAGCUUCCAGCACAGCUUUCUCAGCGUGCGCAGCGACCCCCAAAGCCACGAGUUCGUAAGAACUGGUACCACUCGCUAGUGUUUCACCACCCAUACUUCAGGGACAUUAAUGGCAUGCGGGCUCCCAUGAAUGAGGACGAACGUGCUAAGCGGGCCAACAAGGAGAUGGACCCGUACCUGGCCCCAUCUAUGCCUUGGACCACUGACGAGAAUCGCAUGCUGGUUGAUGCAGUGAAGACUAACCUGCUGCAGCAGAGCCUCGAGUCCCUGAUGGACCGCAAGGAGGCCCUGGCCCAGAGGCUCCUGCUGACCGAGGACUCCGAGCAGAGUGCAGAGCUUACGGAGCGCAUAGACCAGCUGGACAAGCAGGUGGCUGAGACACGCAACCUGAGCCUGGAGCAGCUGCUGGAGCAGUCGUCACGGCCCAUCGACUGGCUACGCAUUGCCGCUGUGGACAUGCGCUCACAUCGGACCGCAUUUGGUUGUGAGAUGAGGUGGCGCCACCUGCUUGAUGUGCGCUUAAACCAGGGCCCCUGGACCAACGCGGAGGACGAGCGCCUGCGAGCCCUGGCCACUAAGUGGGGAGAGCGCAAUUGGGACCAGGUGGCACAGGAGCUGAAGACUGGCCGCAGUGCGUUUCAAUGUGCAACACGCUACUCGACCCGACUCGUCACGCGCCACAACAUGGGCGCAUUUUCAGAGGAAGAAAACCACCGACUGCAACAGCUCAUCGCCGUGUGCACUGAGGGAGACGACAUCUCCUGGUCACAGGUGUCGCACUUUAUGGGCAGCCGGUCCAAGAAACAGGUGAUGAACCGCUACAACCGGUCCCUGCACCCUAGCAUGCAACAUGGGCGCUGGACAGCACAGGAAGAUGUCAUGCUGCUCAUUGCUGUGAAACUCUAUGGAGAUUGCAGCUGGACAAAGGUGGCAAGCAUGCUGCCUGGCCGCACAGGUGGCCAGUGCAGGGAUCGCUACAAGGAUAAUUUUGCCCAAAGGUUUGUCUCGGGGCCCUAUACUCCGGACGAGGACUACAGCCUCUUGGAGCUGGUGCAGAAGCAUGGACCUGGCCACUGGUCCAAGGUGGCACAGGAGAUGCCUUGGCGGACAGCCAACUCAGCACUGAUGCGUUACCGACGGCUGACUGAGACCCUCGGCAACCAGCAACCAACCGUGGCUGAUCUGAUGGAGCGCUUCCUGCCAGCACCUGCAGCUCCCGUGAAUGCAGCGCGACGCGCACGCCUGACGGGCCUUGACAAGCGCCUGGACCUGUACCGGCGCGUCUGCCGCCAGCUCACCACCCAAAGGCUGAAGCGUGCUGCCCUGCUACUGGUCAAGGGUCGGGACGAGAGCCUAGAUCGAGAGACGUGCCUGAAGCUGUACCAGAAGAUGCUGCGGCAGCACCAGACAGGCCGCACGCUGAGCAACCCGCUGGUGCAGGGCCAUGCACUGAACAAGGCCAUCGCCCAGUACGCACAGCCUCUGCAUCGACCCAUGCUGCCCAGCCUGGCUGCAUACGAGCACCAGGAGUGGCAUGCUGUGGCCAAUGUGCUACAUGAUCUGCAUGGCUUGCUGAGGCCAUCUGUGAAUCCCGACAUUGAGGAAGUGGGUACCCUGCCCACCUUUGAAGAGUUCUUCUGCAAGGAGGUGCUUGGCGUGCCGGACGGAUUCCAGCCCAAUGUAGGAAGCCUCGUGCUGCCCCUGCUGCCACCCAAUGAGACCACAGUGGCUACCUUUGGGCGACUUUCAGAUCGUUUUGCCAAUGGCGACCUCGCUGAUUCCUUGCCAAUGCUGCAGGAUAGUGCCUCGUUUCCUGAGCUCUCGGCAGCUCUUGAUGCAGACAGCAUUGAGGACAUCCGCUGCACUGAGUGCACGUCCAGGAGCCUUCUGGAAGAUGACCUCUCGUCUGUCAGCAGCAGGGCUUUGCAGCAGUCAUGCAGUCGGUGUGAGGAGCUGCGAGCCACCCGAAGGAACUAUGAAGUGCUACAGGCACGCUUCAUUUCAUACUUUUUCUGGCCUGCGCUGAUGGACACUUUGAAUGUUCCCGACACAGUGGAGCUCUCGUCAGACAAGCACAAGAAACGUAGCAAGGGCUACCGCAAGAAGUGCAAGCUGAAAAAGCCGUGGGUGAAGGAGAAGUGGAAGGAGCGCAAGCGACUGGCUGCAGCAGCAGCUGUAUCUGGUGCCAUGUUGGAGCACAAUGAUGGCACUGCAGGUGCUCCAAGGGAGGACAGCACUGUGUUGUCCUCUUGUGCACCCCACUCUGCCAUGGAUGCAUAAGCUCACUGGCAUGCACCUGGUGCUCCAGCCUAUUUCAUGCCCACAGUUCAUGCCUCUUUGUAUUUCAGGCACAGAAAUGUUGCCAUGCGAUUUCAAGUAAUGAAUUUUGCUUGCGAUUGUAGUAUUACAGACUUUCAUGAAACCUGCCGUGGUUGCUUAGUGGCUGGGGUGUUGGGCUGCUAAGUGCAAGGUUGCGGGAUCGAAUUCCGACCGCUUAUCAUUAUAACUAUUAUUGGCAUGUUGUGUAGCUUCGCAAUGCACAAAACUUCAUAAUAUUCAAACUGCAAUGCGAAAGAAUGAAUUCGCAAUACUCGACAUUUCAAAGUGUUUGCAGGCUGUAACAAAGAUGUUCAAACAAUUGCUGCUCUAUACAGCUCAAUAUUAUGCUUCACAACUCACUUAACAGGAUUUAUUCAUAUCCCAAUGCUCUGACCCAAAACAAGCAAGAAGUUUGUGAACAGGCACAUCAAUAGCCACAAACAAUAAAUGCAAGAUAUUACGUAGCUUUAGAACAGGGACAACCAAGCUGAAGUCGCACCAAACAGUGACCACAUUGUGUUUCUGGUUUACCAAGAACUAAACCCAUUCAGACCGAACUCCUUGUUUCAGAAUUGUGUCAGUGUUGAACACUUGCAAUGCCUUUAUGGUUUCUGAAAUAACUUUUAAAAGCAGUGCUUGAUAAAUAAAACCAUUAAUAAUUACAAUUUAGUACAUGCAAUUGCCACAGGUUUAGCACUAAAGGUGAAAGGUGAGAACUUGUUGAUUCAUAUUUAAUGCAAUAAAGGUAACAUUAACUUAUAGACUCAGGAAAAGUGAUAGGACAAAUGCUGAUUGCAUUAGUCCUAACACAGUCUUGUGUUCAUCCUGUCACCUUUCUGGUGUCCGCCGUGAUAACUUUAUGGUUAUUGCUUUAUGGUGUGGUAAAAUAUUUGGUAAAACAUUGUCAAGGAGGCAGACCUUGGCUAAACUCUUUACUUUUUUAUGUCUGCCUCCAAGGGCAGUCUUAUUUUCUCUGUCCAAAGCAACGCAAAGGAGCUGCCAUCAUCAGCCUAGGCAAUCCAAAUGCAAACGCCUGCCAAAAACAUCCUGCUUUAGGUGCACAAGCUCUCAACUGACACAUAAUCUCAAAAUCUGUGGCAAUUUGUCGUUCAAUGUUCCUCAUCUACAUGAGAUACAUGAAAGCAAUGGUGUUUAUCAGCAUUUGUCAUGCACAUUAGCAGUUACUGAGAUAUUAGGUCAGAUCUGGUGCCUCCCAGGAGCCAUCACAUUAAUGGGUGAUAAGUGUAGGGGCACUAUGGGGGCACUUGAGUGCCAACUUUAACCAUGAAAUAGUUUGUGUUGAGCGCAUGCACAGAGGCGAGAUGCUAUUCGUUAGAGGCACCCUAGACUUGGGUGCCCCAAUUCUAAUGCUGUGAUGACUGCUGGCAAUCGCUUAAAAACGGAGCUUGGUGUUGGAAAAAAAAAUCGCACUACCGAUAUACUAGCUCAUAUUUGUGUAAUUUUGUAAUAAAAUAUUCAACUGUCCCAGAUAAAGCGGGUAGACUGUGGGGGUAGCGUAGAUUGACCCAGUUGUCUAGACCACAUUCAUUCUUGCACUCAUGGGCACCCUCCUGAGGGCACACCCUUACGAGGGCGUCCUUACCAUCUGCCCUCACCUGUCAGGGUGAGCGCAGGUGAGGUAGGUGAGGUGGGGAUUCUAGUCUGAAAAUCUGUGAGGGUGGUAGUUAGGGAAGGUGAGAGAGGAGCAUCAAUCUUUGUUCAUUUACUAUUGUAAAUGUUUGUACAUCACAGAAAUGCCCACAAGCUACUCUACGCAUAAAUGACAACAUUAUUGUAAUUGCCAAAUCGCACAAGUAUGCAGAUUCUUUCAGUUUUGCUGCAUGCAUAACGUAAAAUAUUUUGUCAUUGUAUGAACUCGGCUAUUGUUUGGUGCUUGUACACUGUUAUUAAAGUGCAAGAAAUUUAGUGUCGGGGCAGAUAAAGCGUUCUUGCUGGCUGGGAGUGAGAGGAUGAGGGAGGGCACAAGGAAAAUCGCGCAGCGAGGAUGAGGUGAAGAGAGAGAGAGUGAAAUGCACAUUUAUUUCUGAACUAGCGAUAGAAAGAUCUCUCUUCGCCCUCAGGUGGGUUGUGGUGAAUGACAAUGAAUAAAUUUUAGAAGUUUAGGGGAGGAAGAAGUUCGUUUGUUGAAGGCAAUGGAGGAAAAUAGAAUUGCCCACCUCUGUUUAUGUUGUGACAAGCUUGGUUCUUGAAAAUGUAGCAUGUAGCUUUCCCUCACAGCCUCAGUUAAUUUCGCAUUCUAGAUUCUUGGUGGACCUCUUUGCAUAACUUUCUUCUUUUUUUUUCCCUUACUUCACAGCUCAUUUGUAUCACUCGCUGGUUGCAUUUAUUCCAUGUCUUCUUGUGCAGCAUUUGCCUUUAGCAAUAUUUUCAUCACUAAUCGGGCCAGGUGACCCAGAGGCCUCAACUGGCACUUGCGACAACACAAUAUUUAUGGGAUUGCAUUAUUUAUUGACAGCAUCUAAGCAACUAUAAGUAAAAUUAAGGUGCUCAUUGCAGGUGGCACUUCGCAGCUUUCAUUACAUGGCUUGUAAGCCUGUAGAUUUCGCUGCAAUACAACGGUGGUGUCAUUUGUAUCCAUUGUAGCAAGGACAGCUGUGCCAUUUUACAGCUAAAUUAUAAUUUUCAUUGCCAUAGAUGACAUAUAUUUCAGCUUUAUUGUCAGCUAAACACACAAGGAAUGCGUGCAUGAAUACGUGGUACAGGGUUACAAGCAGUAAACAGUGCCAAACAACAGGACGAAGAGAGGGACACAGACCACAGCGCUGACUAACAACCAAGUGUCUUUAUCCUUUCAGUCAGCAUAUAUGUACUCUGCUGCAAUAUCAAAGCACAGAAUCAACAGAAUUCAGCAUGCACAGUGGCAAUAAGUUGCAAUCAAUGCGAUAGGAAGGCAAUCUCCAUUGGAAGGAGAAAAAUAGAUGGAAGGCUUACACAUGCUUCGCCGGUUUUAUGAAUGUUUAAAGCUUCGGAAAUAAGAUGUGCGCGGUGAUUGCGAUAUUUUGACAGACAGGUAACAUCUGUAAAAGAUGGCUUGCAGCCACAUUCAUUGCAGUGCAGUGAUAAUUGACUAUCUCUAGCUCGUUUUUGAACUUUGUUUGAGUGUUUACACAUGUGGUCGUUGAUGCACCACCCCGUUUGACCGAUAUAAAAACGCUUCCAUGAAAGAGGAAUCUUUUAAACAACACAGUCACAACAGCCAACAAGAAACCUCUGCCUGUGCUGCUUUUUACAACUACUUUUGUUGUUCUCGAUCACCCAAUUGACUCGAUGGCACAGGCUCCCUAACUUAUUUCUGGCAGUGAACAGCAACCUAACGCCUGCCUUGCUGACAACCUUUUUGAGAUUAUGCGCAACCAUGUGCACAUGUGGGAUAACCACAACCAUUUGCCGUGAGCGAUUCUCAGAUUGAGCAGCUGCCGAUUGCUUUCUUUUAAGGCUUGUUGCGAGGCUUUCAGCAAUGCUAGUUAAAAGCGGUAACAGGAGCACCUGCGAACUUCAGCCUGGCUACUUGCAAUUCGAAGCUUGCAUCUGCUUGGUGGUCACAAGACCUGAUGAGGGCUGCCUUCAUGCAAGAUCUUGAAAUACUGCACUUAACUAUCUUUGAGUGCGCGGAGGAAAAGGGAAGAAGGCUCUUAUGAGACCAAGGAGCAUAACCCAAACAUACAUAAUUGCUUGAGAACGAUAGCUCCAAGUCUAAGAAACGCAGCUUGUUGUCUGACGGGUGCUCCGUGGUCAAUUCAAAGGAAUCUAAAACUAUGCGGAACACGUCAAAUAUUAUAGCAGUAGCAGGCUGCGCGUCAGGAGUGUUAGUAUUGUAAAAAAUUUAAUAUCAGCAACAUAUCGCAUUACUUUUACAGUGCUCGUCUGGUUGAGUUUAGUUUUAAGAUUGCGGUCAUAGCUGGCCAAUAAAAUGUCUCUAAGAACAGGAGCUAUACAUGAACCAAUGCACACACCUUUCUUUUGUAUGAAAGUCUUAUCGUUCAUGGAGAGGAAAGUGGAAAGCAUGUAAAGCCUUAAGAGCUCUAAAAACCUGUUGACGUUGAUACCACAUGCAUUCUGAAACUUAAGAGCACUGUAUUUGUCAAUACAAUGGCCAACUUCAAUGCAUACAUUUUCUUGAGGCAAAGAGUGACAUAAGUUCUUGAUGUCCAAGGAAAAGGCUCAGACAGCCUUUGGACAUUCCUCAAGGAGAAAUGUGGAGACAGUAUCUGGCAUCUUAAGAUGUGACCUAUUCAAUGCAUACAUUUUCUUGAGGCAAAGAGUGACAUAAGUUCUUGAUGUCCAAGGAAAAGGCUCAGACAGCCUUUGGACAUUCCUCAAGGAGAAAUGUGGAGACAAUAUCUGGCAUCUUAAGAUGUGACCUAUCUGUCAAAAUACCGUGAUGACCGCACGUCUUACUCCCAAAGCUUUUCACAUUCAUAAUAGCGGCAAAGCAUUUCUCUCCUUCCGAAGGAGAUUGCCUUCCUACCGCAUUAAUUGCAAUUUAUUGCCCCUGCACAUGCUGAAUUCUGUUGAUUCUGUGCUUUGAGAUAGCAGUAGAGUAUAUAUACGCUCACUGAAAGAAUAAAGACACUUGGUUAUUAGUCAGCGCUGUGGUCUGUCUCCCUCUCUUCAUCCUGUUGUUUAGCGCUGUUUACUGCUCCUAAUCAUGAACCAACCAGCCCAAAUGCAUACUCUUCUGUGGUAUAGGGUAUUAAACCCACUGUAACAUGCCACCUCCUUGUGAAAUUGCCAGCAGUUUAGCUGGAAGAGUCUUGCAUAUUUGGCGAUUUUAUUCAUGCAACACUCUAAGAGCGUGAGCAAGUUUUGUCGGGUACCCGCCGUCUUUGCUCAGUGGCUAUGGUGUUAGGCUGCUGAGCACAAGGUCACGGGAUCGAAUCCCAGCCAUGGCGGCUGCAUUUCGAUGGGGGCAAAAUGCGAAAACACCCUUGUACUUAGAUUUAGGUGCACGUUAAAAGAACCCCAGGUGGUCGAAAUUUCCGGAGUCCUCCACUACGGCGUGCCUCAUAAUCAGAAAGUGGUUUUGGCACGUAAAACUCCAUAAUUUUUUUAAGUUUUGUCGGGUGUGGCAGAUAGCAUCCACUCCCACAUGGAGUUCCUAUAACCAACUAUAGAAGAAAAGCUCCCCAAAUUGUCCAUGCAUUGAAACAGCUGGCCGCGUGGGCACUUCCAUGAUAAAAUGAUGUUUAAAUUAAAAACUGGGAGAGCUGAUUGUACAGAGGUGAGACAAUACAGAUUCAUCGUAUUGAACAAAGAUGUGUUUGUCACUUAUUGUAUGGGUAAAGUUGAGUUCUCAGUACGAGAACAGCAAACAUAGACAAGGCGAGAUGUGAUUCAGGCGUAACACACGGUUGGACAUGAUCCAGAGAGAGAGGAGAGAGAAUAAAACAUUUAUUGAGUCUUUAAAUGAGAAGGUCGGCGAAUGGGAUCCUUAGUUCGGGAUCCCGUUGGCAUGGGCCAUGGUCUUUGCCCGUUUCACGAGGGCCUCUUGGGUCUUCGGAUCCGAGCUGGAUGUAGCUGCCACCCUCCCUUCUCAGUUACGUUGUGUCCCGUGUUGUCUGGAUGGAUUGUGUUGACAUUCCCAUACCAUGUGAUACAGGGUGGCUGUUUGAUUGUCGCAUAACCUGCACUAUGGUGUGUGCGUGCGUGCGUGCGUGCGCGUGUGUGUGUAUGUGCGUGCGUGUGUGUGUGUGUGUGUGUGUGUGUGUGUGUGUGUGUGUGUGUGUGUGUGUGUGUGUGUGUUGUGUGUGUGUGUGUGUGUGUCAGGCCUUAUCUUAGAUAGUAUAUAUGGGUUGGGGUAGGAGCAUGUCUGUAGGCAAUGCCACGCUACCUGAGAUUCUUUGCCGAGUUUGGGUCCCGGGCACAGAAGUUUGCGUCUUUCGAGUCUUUUGUUUUGAAGAAUUUUGGUGUAUGUGAGGAGUGGGUCGAUAUGCAUAGCAGCAGGAGGGUGCGAUAUGACGGUGUUGGAGGUCCGGAAAUGUAAUUCUCAGGCCGAGGUGUGAGCAAGCUCUUUGCCUCCAACUCCGCUGUGGUCGGGUAUCCAUAUCAGUUCUUUCCAUUCUCCCUCUGAGCGUUGGGAGAGUAGCUGUGUGAAAAUUCUGUGCGCAAUGGGGCCAAUCUGGCCUUUGCAGAAGUUGCAGAAGGCUGCUGGUGAGUCUGUAAGGACGAAAGUAGAUCCGGGGCUUCAUAGGGCAAGAGCAAUUCCUGCCUCUUCCAUGAUGAUUGUGUCUGUGUCUUGGUACAAUAUACAAUCAAUCUGUUUUCUUUGGUGAAUGGUGAAAAUGGUAGCCCUGUAUUUGCCGUAGACUGGUCCAGCCGCAUCAACAAACAAGGCACUUCUCGGUGUCUAAGUAUUUGUCGUGAGCCCUGGCCCAGGCCCGGCAUUUGUGUUCAUGAAAAUGUGGGUGCAUGUUGCAUGGUAGUGGUUUGAUGAUGACAUCCCAUCUCCAUUUGGGUGGGAUGCAUUGUUUCCCUCUCGUCUGGAUGGGGGCUUCAAUGCCAAGUUCCAAUAGUGUUUUUCGUCCCGUUUUAGUGAUGGCCAGGGGUAUAGCUUGAUUUGUGUGGUGGACUUGGAAUAAUUCGGAUGCUGUAUUUUGGAGCCCCAUUUGAAGGACGUGUUCCGUGAGUGCCGACGGAGGAUGGUUCAGAGCCUUCUUGAGGGUAACACACAUGAUUCUGUCUAUUUGGUGCUUGUCUGCUUUCAGGAUCCUCGGAUAAGGAAACCUAUAGGUUAUGCGACUGAUGACAAAUGCCUGGAUGAGUCACAGUACGUGCUGUUCUUGCAUCCCUCAUUGCGGGUUGGCCGCGCCCAGCUAAUCAUGCGUGAGAUUUGAAAACAGGACAUUCUUAGUUUCUGGAUAGCAAAUAAGUUGUUGCCCCGAUUGUUGAAGUGGGCCCCAAAAAUUCGGAUGGUUCCUACCUCUGGAAUUGGGGUUCCGUUGAGUUGUUCGUUGAGGGGUGCAUUAUCGGGCGCCUUAUUUCAGUAUAGGAGGAGUUCGGAUUUGGUGAGGGAGCAUUCCAGACCAAUCUUGCGCCCGAUCUGUUUUAUGAUGGUCGCAGCUCAUUGGAGGGCAUCUUCUAUCUGGCCCAGGUUGCUGGAGCAGGUCCAGAUCGUGAUGUCAUCUGCAUAGUUGGCAUGGCGUACUCCCAUAAUUUGAUUGAGGGCCUUGGGGAGUUGCUUUAGGGUGAUAUUGAAGAGGCGAGGGGAGAGGACGGCCCCUUGGGGCAUGCCGAAAUCACCAAUGGUGAUGGGUUGAAAUUUAAGGUCCCCUAUACGGAUUGUAAUCUGUCUGUCUGUAAGGAAGUCCCACACGUGUGUGUAUAGUUUGGGACCACAGUUGAGUUCGCAAAGAUUUUCUAAGACAUGAUCCAGAGCCUCGCUGGAUACAGUGGCAUCUAGUUGAAGCAGCUGCAAAUGCACUCUUUCAUGCACAGUAAAUCUUAUAAAUAACCAUUGCAUCUUUCUCAAGAAAUACUAAACUUUGCGCAUGAAUGAACUUUACGCAAGAUUCUUACGUACAUGCUAGUUGCAAAUACUUAUUUUGGCAUUAUAUAUAUUUAGAGUAUUUUUAUCCUUAUAUAAAAUUUUAGCCAAUCUGGGAAAUCGCACUGGUGACAAUGAGGAGUAUUCAUGUGGCAGCACCUGUGCAGUGCCACUUGUUUGCCCAGCUUUACGAGUUAAUGUACUAACUCUGUGCAUUCCCAUGCUUCCGCACAAAUUUGCUUAGAAUAUACAUUAGGGCUUGUAUGGCUUUAUUAGUUGACUUGUCCAUUUGGAGCAGACUGCACUUUGUCUUCUUAGUUAGCAAAUGAAAAGCAGCUAACUUCACACCCACUGAGGGUGCAAGGACAUACGAAGGCACCAUCUUCCAAGAGUUCUCUGAUGAUGUGUUAUGAGGGAUGACACGACGAGCUUCUCAUAGUUUGGAUGCCAGCGCUGAAAUGAAUCACUACAUGUGCGCCCUCCAGGAAAUUUCUGUAAGUGCCUUCAAAACAAAGGGAAGAUUGUAAGUACCGACCCAAUAAAAACACUUUGUCCAUAGGACAUUCAAAUAUUCAAA